AUGGAUCGCGAUUGGCCGAGCGGCCGCACUUCGUCAAUCGUCGACGAAAAGAGCCACGAGCCACUUCUGUCAAUUCUGUCCACCAUCGUCGAAACGGCCUGCAAACUCCAGAAAGAUGGACAUCGCGUGGUCAUUGUAUCGUCCGGCGCCAUUGGCGUCGCCCUAGGUCACAUGGAGAUGGAACGCAGACCGAAACACCUGCCUCAAGUCCAGGCCCUGGCUGCCAUUGGACAGUGCAAGCUCAUGAGUCUCUGGGACCAGCUCUUCAUGCACAGAAGACAGCCAAUCGCUCAGAUCUUGCUCACAAGAAACGAUAUCGCCGACCGAACUCAAUACCUUAAUGCUCAGAACACCUUUAUCGAGCUGAUCCAUAUGGGGGUCAUUCCCAUUGUCAACGAGAACGACACUUUGUCCGUCGCUGAGAUCAAGUUUGGUGACAACGAUACACUUUCCGCCAUCACUGCUGCCAUGGUUCAGGCCGAUUACUUGUUCCUUAUGACAGAUGUGGACUGUCUGUACGACAGCAAUCCUCGCUCAAAUCCCAACGCCAAAGCCAUUGAAGUUGUCGAGGACAUUGGAGAGCUGGUCGCCGACGUCUCGAGUGCCGGUUCUUCAGUAGGCACUGGUGGUAUGGCUACUAAGAUCACUGCUGCUCGGUUAGCAACCUCUGCUGGUGUAACCACCAUCAUUACCCGCUCAGACAAGCCUGGCAAUAUCGCCAACAUUGUUGCAUAUGCCGAGUCGAAGAAGGCAGAAGAACUUGCGGCCAAACGCUCGUCACGACAGAGCUCAACAGAAGGCUCAGAGUCAAUGAGCAAUUCGACAAGCAAUCUGACACUGGAUGAUUCUUCGCUCGUGAAGAAAGCUGUCGUCAAUGAAGUAUCAAGCACGAAUGGAACCGUGUCACCUAAACUCGAUACUCCAUCAUUGCCUCCACUACAUACUCGCUUCAUCCCUGAUCUUCAUCCGAUCAGAGACCGAUACUUCUGGCUGCUGUAUGGCCUAGCACCUCAUGGGACAGUCUACAUCGACAAAGGCGCACACAGAGCACUAGCUGACAAGGCUGGCCUCUUACCAGCAGGCGUGGUAGAGGUCGAGGGCAACUUCGCACAGCAAGAAGCCGUGCGGAUAGUGGUGGUGCAGCGCAAAUCAAAGAGCUCGUUCGAAGCGCUGGUCAACUACUCGGCAGCGGAGAUUAAGAGAAUCCGCGGCCUCAAGAGCACAGAGAUUCAUGGUGCUUUGGGUUAUGCUGAUAGUGAGUACAUUGCGCUGAGAGAAAACAUUGCAUUCGGCAAUAGGACGAGCAGACCUACCACGCCCAGUCGUAUGUCGAUGAGCCAGGAAUCAGAAGUCAGACAUUAG